AUGCGUUCUACCGUCCUCCUUCCUUUUCUCGGCCUCGUGAGCAGUGCCUUCGCCGCUCCCGUUGCCACUGUUCUGGACUCUCGCGGAGAAGUUGGCCACGACGCUCUUAGUCCUCUCGCCCAAAAAGUUCAGGAUAACACUGUCGGCAAAGCCAUCGCACGAUUCAACCCGCUCCUUCACAUUUCUCAUGGUUGCCAACCGUACACGGCUGUUGAUGAUGCCGGAGACACCAGUGGUGGCCUGAAGCCAAGCGGCAGCUCCAGCGGAGGCUGCAAAGACACCAGCAAGGGCCAGACCUAUGCCAGAGGCACAUGGCACAACGACAAGUACGCCAUCAUGUACGCUUGGUACUUUCCCAAAGACAUGCCGAACGACGGCGUCUCCACAGGCUCGCACAGACACGACUGGGAGAGCGUGGUGGUCUGGCUCAACAACCCCUCAGUUGCGGACCCGACGAUCCUAGGUGGAGCGGCUUCGGGUCACGGCGACUACAAGAAGUCGACUAACCCGCAAAGAGAAGGUGAUGGCGUGAAGGUGGAAUACUUCACACAGCUGUUACUGAACCAUGAGCUUCAGUUUACUGAUACCACCGGCAAGACGUACCCUGUUCUUGACUGGGACGCUAUGUCGACGAACAUGCAAACUGCUCUCAACAACACCGAUUUCGGUGGUGCCAAUGUGCCUUUCAAAGAUGAGAACUUUACCGAGAACCUCGACAAGGCUUCUAUUUGA